AAGUUUUGGGCCUCUGCAGAGAAGGGAUUCAGUCAUCUGCUAUCUUUCGGAAGUCAUCCUCAGAAAGGAGAUUGGUGGAAGUUUUGUAUCAAAAUGAGGUUCUGCAGACGACGUAACUAGCAAAAUUGGGGAUCCCUUCUUGAAGGUCGCGAUUCAUAGGUCCCACUGAUCAUCAACAUGUGUGCCAACAUGGCGCGAUCACCAAAAGGAAUGGUCAAAACACGAAAACUCUCUCUCUCUCUCUCUCUCUCUCUCUCCAAAAAAGGCAUCAAGUGUAGACGGCAGCCAUUCCCAACGAGACAAGAAGCUUUUCUUCUUCUUCUUCUUGUUCUAUAUAGACAGCUGGAUUAGUUCAUUACAAGGCCAAAGAUAUUUGGAAGCUUUCCUGCAUUAUAGCUUCAGCUCAUCAUACCUCUCUCUGCCCCCAAAAGCUGAAGCAUGGAAGACAAGCAGAAAAGGGCAGGUGAAAUACGGGAAGAAGGAGCCACCGGCGGCCAGAAAUUAGACGCCGGCGCCCUCUUUGUGCUCAAAUCUAGAGGCUCGUGGGUGCACUGCGGCUACCAUCUCACGACCUCCAUCGUUGCUCCGCCGCUGCUCAGCCUCCCCUUCGCCUUCGCGACGCUCGGAUGGGCGGCCGCCGUCGCCUGCCUCACCCUCGGCGGCCUCGUCACUUUCUACUCCUACAACCUCCUGUCUCUGGUGCUGGAGCACCACGCCGCUCUGGGGAAUCGCCAUCUUCGCUUCAGGGACAUGGCCAACGACAUCUUAGGGCCAAGAUGGGGACGGUUCUUCGUCGGUCCUCUUCAAUUUGCAGCGUGCUUCGGAGCCGUUGUUGGCAAUAUUCUCCUGGGCGGCCAAAGCAUGAAAUUCAUUUAUGUGCUUUACAAUCCAAAUGGGACGAUGAAGCUUUAUGAGUUCGUAGCCAUACUUGGCGUCGUGAUGGUGGUCUUGACACAGAUGCCUUCAUUCCAUUCCCUACGGCACAUCAACCUUGUGUCUCUCUUUCUCUGCCUCGCUUACAGCGCCUGCGCCGCGUCCGGCUCCAUUUAUUCUGGACUCUCCGGCAAGGCUGGUCCCAGGGACUACUCGCGGACUGGCAACUCAGUAAGCCAGCUUUUCGGUGCCUUCAAUGGUGUCGCCGUCAUUGCUACCAGCUAUGGCAAUGGAAUCAUUCCAGAAAUUCAGGCAACAUUGGCGCCACCGGUGAAGGGGAAGAUGAUGAAGGGCCUGUUCAUUUGUUACAGCGUUGUGGUGACUACAUUCUUUAGCGUGGCGGUGUCUGGUUACUGGGCUUUCGGGAACAAGUCUCAAGGCAGCAUCCUCAGUAACUUCAUGGUGCAAGGGCAGCCCCCCCUUCUGCCCAGGAGCUUCCUCUUCUUCACUUACCUCUGCACCCUCCUCCAAGUUGUAGCCGUCGUUGUGGUCUAUCUGCAACCAACGAACGAAAUUCUUGAAAGAAAGCUUGCAGAUCCAAAUAGUGGACAGUUCUCCAUGAGAAAUGUGAUUCCUAGGGUCAUAGCUCGCUCUUUAGCUGCCAUUUUUGCUACCUUGAUCGCAGCGAUGCUGCCUUUCUUUGGAGAUAUAAACGCAUUGAUCGGAGCAUUUGGCUUCAUUCCCCUGGACUUCGUUCUUCCAAUGAUCUUCUAUAAUGUCACCUUCAUGCCGUCCAAGAAGAGCACCUUGUUUUGGCUGAAUACCAUCAUAGCAGCAGUGUUUUCUGCCAUUGGAGUCAUCGCUCUAGUGUCUGCUGUUCGACAGAUAAUACUGGACGCACAUACGUAUCGACUGUUCGCCAACUUAUGAACAGUGUGGAGAAAGAAGAGGCAGAUUUGAUUGACGUUUACAUGAUGUGCAUCUUUGAUCGAAAUGAACCGGCAGCUGCGGAGAGCAUGUAAUUUCCAUUCAAUUUGGUUUCCUAUUUGUAUUGUUCAAGGAGCUCCAGAUCAUAAGGAGCUUUGAGAUCGGCUCCUCAUUGUUUUGCUCUCUUUCAUGGCUGUCUGAGUAAUGCAUCAAAUUAAAACACAGAAACGCGAACCCGGGCAGAGAUUCUGAUGCUAUUGUAAUGGCGGAUAUUAGUGGCCAAUGCAUAAUCUCGAGAUGUUAUA